GCAAGGCAAGGACUGCCGGCCCGCAAAUGCUCAGUCAGUCACCGACACGCACCCUGGUCUGCUAGCCGAUUCUGACCUUCCCUGCAAGCCACUGCCGAUCGACAGCCCAAUCAGCAGCAGCACAAAUAUGCUGCCUGCCAUAGCCUCCUAAUCUCUUCUCUUAUAUACUUGUAGUACGUGUCCUUCUUUCCCCUCUGUCGCGGCUAGAGACAGAGAAGGAGGAGCAUCCAUGGCGCGCUUCUUCGGCCGCCUGUGGGACAGAGCUCAAGGCAAGCUGGAUGUUGCAAGAAUAUGUGAGAAGGUGUUCGACGAAUUGGCCGUCCUGAACGCCGAGAAGAACGCCAAGCUCCUGGAGGUUAAGAAUCUCCACGUCGCCACCCUCAUGGUUUACAACUCGAUCAACAGGCAACUGGUGGGACCUCACAAGGACCCUCCAUGCAUGCAGGUCGUCAAGGAAAAAGCCGAGUGCUACGGCGCCAAGGAGACGAAGGGGAUUACGCAGCAGGAGUUCCGGGAGCUGAUCAUGGAGUGGGUGAGGAUGGACCUCCGCCUCGUCCUCGCCAACAAGGCCGCGGUGGCCGUCCUGGCGGCGCCGCUGCUCGCCGUCACGGCCAAGAACGCCGGCAGGCAGGUGCCGAGGAUGAGGGACGCGGUGGACAGGGUGCCCACGCCGCUGCUCUUCGUCGUCUUCUCCGCCGGGUUGAUGCUCCUGCAGGACAUCCGGGCAGGCAAACAGUGAACACCUGAACCGAUGGUCGCGCUGCCGGCACCUCGGUGCGAAAAUUUGUAGCCAAACAAAGUGGUAAAUGGCUGUACGUAAUGGUAUUCAAUCUUAAUAUGGUUAUUAUUUCUCGGCGGCUCCACAACUUAAUUUGUAGAAUUUCAGUGUCCCUCCAUUUGAAGGGCUGGUGCAUAUUACUGUAGUACUCUACUUAAUACUCUCUCUGUUUCUUUUUUACUCUGGAUGUAAGAUUUGUUUCAAGUCCAACUUAGUAAAGUUUGAUCAAAUUUACAUGGAAAUAUACCAUCAUUUGUUA